AUGGUCCUGAAUGAAUGCCACCAUGGCCUCACUCUUAAUCCACUGGUACGGACCCCGGCCGACCCCUGUCAAUAUGGGGCGCCAUACCCGGCCAUCUGGGGCCGGAAAUCACGCUGGGAAUUCAACACCACAUGGCAUUCAUUGAUCACAAUGCGGUCUAACCGCCGCAUCCACCGCAACCGGUUUAAAAACAUCUGGAAAUCGGGGCUGACUGCGGAUUUGGGCGUCACUAACACGAUCAACGCGGCAUCUGGGGGCCGCCGGCUCUCCCAUGCAACACAUGAAAUCCCCAGCUGCUGGCACCAGCGCUGCAUAUCAGCCCGUCAUGCAACCAGUGGGACCAUAAUAAUGGUGGUGCCUCCAGGGGCGGCAAAUGCUGGCACCAUGAACAACAUGCUCUUGCCACUGCCUGUGGGCAUCACCGCCACCAUAGGGCUCUCCCCUCACUAG